AUGAAGCUUAGAACCCUAGCUCAACCUCCCCUUACUCCUCUCCUGAUCCCUGCCAUGAAUUUUCUUCAUCAUAGCAUGAUCCUCCCCAAGAAGCGGCCCCUCUAUUCGCUUAAAUCCAACUCUUUUCAUGGUCAGGCCACUUCAGAUUUGCGCAUUCUCGCUCCUACACAGUUUACCAACAAGUUUAUCACGGCUUGUCUCAAUUCUAGUUCUAGCGAAAUACUGGGUGAUACUUACAAGUCAAAGACAAGAGAGAACGAUUUUGAUGAAAAAGAGAGGAUUGACGAGAGGGCGACGAGAGGGGAACUGGCGAAUCAGAGCUUGUGGAAUCAAAUCAUGGAAAUCGUGAAGUUUUCGGGUCCUGCGACCGGUCUGUGGAUAUGCGGGCCAUUGAUGAGCCUCAUCGACACUGCGGUCAUUGGUCAAGGAAGCUCCAUCGAGCUUGCAGCUUUAGGUCCGGGGACGGUGCUCUGCGAUAAUGUGAGCUAUGUGUUCAUGUUCCUAUCAAUUGCUACCACAAACAUGGUUGCCACUUCACUGGCCAGACGGGACAAAAAUGAAGUCCAGCAUCAAAUAUCGAUCUUGCUUUUCAUUGGGUUGGCGUGUGGCUUAUCAAUGCUUUUGUUUACCAGAUUCCUAGGUACAUGGGCUCUUACAGCUUUUACAGGACCCAAAAAUGCACACAUUGUCCCAGCUGCCAACACAUAUGUCCAGAUACGAGGCUUGGCAUGGCCAGCAGUUCUCGUUGGAUGGGUUGCUCAAAGUGCGAGUCUGGGCAUGAAAGAUUCAUGGGGACCGCUAAAGGCCCUAGGCAUUGCUACUGUCAUAAAUGGAGUUGGUGACAUACUCCUCUGCAGCCUUAUGGGCUAUGGAAUAGCUGGUGCAGCAUGGGCUACCAUGGUAUCUCAAGUUGUUGCUGCCUAUAUGAUGAUUGAAUCUCUAAAUGAGAAAGGCUAUAAUUCUUUUGCCCUUACUAUUCCAUCGGCCAGUGAACUUCUGAUGAUAAUUGGGCUGGCUGCUCCAGUUUUUACCUCAUCAAUGUCAAAGGUGGGUUUUUACUCCCUAAUUAUCUAUUUUGCAACAUCUAUGGGCACGCAUGUUGUGGCGGCUCAUCAGGUGAGGAUAAUAUUGCACUCUGGCUAAAUUGUUUUCUGUGUAUAGGAUCCUGUACAAGAGGAACUGAUGUAAUUUACCUAAUCUUAUUGUUCCCUAUAGGUCAUGAAUCAAAUGUACAGCAUGUGUGUUGUAUGGGGUGGGCCUCUAUCUCAAACAGCCCAAUCAUUUAUGCCUGAGAUGAUGGUUGGAGCCACUCGAAAUUUGGCAAAGGCCAGGUUACUGCUAAAAUCACUGCUAAUUAUUGGCAUGAUAUGUGGAUUGGUAAUUGGAACAAUUGGGGCAUCUGUUCCUUGGUUCUCUCCCACUAUCUUUACACAUGAUGAAAGUGUCAUCCAAGAGAUGCACAAGGUGUUGAUACCAUUCUUUAUGGCAUUAGCAGUGACGCCCUGCACUCAUAGCCUCGAGGGCACAUUGCUGGCUGGACGAGAUCUUAAAUACAUAAGUUUGUCAACGAUUGGAUGCUUUUCCUUGGGUGCUUUGUUGCUCUCGCUAUUGAGCAGCAAAGGAUAUGGAUUGCCAGGUUGCUGGUGUGCACUUGUAGGAUUUCAAUGGGCUCGGUUUUUCCUCGCUCUCCAACGCCUGCUAUCUUCAGAUGGCGUACUUCACGACAAUGAUUCAGGCAAAUACAAGCCGAGCGACUUGGGAGCUAUGUAGCUUCACAUCCAUGUCUAAUUCGUCCGGUCAACAGAUAAACGAUCAUGAAGCAGGAGGAAGUCAUUGAAUUGAGCUAAUGAAAUUUCCGAAGGAGAGAAUUUUGUACAUAGGUGAGAAUUUCCGUGAAUCUGUACAUGCUAAGUUGGACAAAGUAUUAAAAGGCGCAGUCUAUUGCCGUUUGAUUGUUUCCGACUUUUGAUUAGACAUGUCAAAAUGGUUCAUAGAUCCAUUUCUUAAUAGAUAUUUGAGGAGCUGGGUUGUUAUGUUGGUUGGUUAUAUUCAGUAAAUAGGUCAUAAAUUGAUUUAAAAUAGCUAGAGCCAAAAUAAUAUGGGUGUUAAUAGUAGAGCCAUCAAAUGUGUGG